UCUCUCUCUAGCCUCCCACUCCCAUUCCCAUUCCCCCUCCCACUACAACUACCACCACCACCACCACCACCAACUGGACCCCCUCACCACCCCCCCACCCUUUUAAGCUACUUUCACAAUAAAUAUUCUCUUUCAUCUCUCUAUUGCUAUCGUCUGGUCUUUCUUCUAGCGACAGCUUCUCCUGUCGCACCCCUUCUCCUGCUGUUGCCCCAAUUUAGGUCUCGUUUCGCCCCGUCUCGCCUACUCCCUCUCCCACCCUCGAAAGAAAAGAACCGCCGGAGCUCACGAGACCUCCCCCUCCCCCAUUUCACGUCCCUCGCCGCUUGAGAUCGCGUCAAAUUCGCUCCGUAUCACCUUCGUCACUCCUGUCAGUGGCCUUUUCAAUGGAUAACAAUAUGGAAAUUGAUACCGCGCGGUCGCCCGAGCCUCACCACCUUUCCCCGACGACCGACCCGGGUUCCAUACCCACUCUCGACGGAUGGAUCGAGAGCUUGAUGACCUGCAAGCAACUGGCAGAGGAAGAUGUUCGGAGACUGUGUGAUCGGGCGAGAGAGGUAUUGCAGGAUGAGUCCAACGUGCAGCCCGUGAAAUGUCCUGUGACUGUGUGCGGUGACAUCCACGGCCAGUUCCACGAUCUGAUGGAACUUUUCCGCAUCGGUGGUCCCAACCCCGACACGAACUACCUCUUCAUGGGUGACUACGUCGACCGUGGUUACUACUCCGUCGAGACCGUCACACUCCUUGUUUGCCUGAAAAUCCGCUACCCGCAGCGUAUCACCAUCCUCCGCGGAAACCACGAGUCCCGCCAGAUCACACAAGUCUAUGGCUUCUACGACGAGUGCUUGCGCAAAUAUGGCAACGCCAACGUGUGGAAAUACUUCACCGAUCUCUUUGACUACCUCCCCCUCACCGCACUCAUUGAGAACCAGAUUUUCUGCCUGCACGGCGGUCUGAGUCCGUCGAUCGACACCCUGGACAACAUCCGCUCCCUGGAUCGAAUCCAGGAGGUGCCGCACGAAGGCCCCAUGUGUGACUUGCUGUGGAGUGACCCCGACGACCGAUGCGGCUGGGGCAUCUCCCCCCGUGGUGCGGGCUACACAUUCGGACAGGAUAUCUCGGAGGCGUUUAAUCACAACAAUGGCUUGACUCUGGUCGCACGGGCGCAUCAGCUGGUAAUGGAGGGAUAUAACUGGUCGCAGGAUAGAAACGUGGUCACGAUUUUCUCAGCUCCUAAUUACUGCUACCGCUGCGGUAACCAAGCCGCAAUCAUGGAAAUCGACGAGCACCUUAAGUAUACUUUCUUACAAUUCGACCCCUGCCCGCGCGCCGGAGAACCCAUGGUCUCGCGGCGCACUCCGGAUUACUUCCUGUGAUCGGGGCUUCUUUUCUUGUGAUAGACAUUUUACUUCCUCUCCCCGCUGGCAAAGUUAAGAUUUUUCCGUUCGACCCUUCGAGAGGGCUCGGGGAUAGUUGGUGAGAAGAUCAAACCCUCGGGGGAAAACCCUCGGGGGAUUACAGCCGGGCCCGCGGUCUGUCUCAGUCUAAAGUAAUUGUAUGUCCGUAUUUCCUGGCCGUGUUGAUACCAAUUCAUGAAAAUAAAAGACCGUG